GGGUGUAAGUACGUAUACGCGCGUGUGCUUUUAGCGUGUACAUAUAACGUUUAAUAAUUUAUCGUUUGCGUUGAGUGAAAAAGCAGCCCCCCGAGGAGCAGCGGAUCGGCAUACGAAGAUCGCGAAAGAAAGAAAGAAGCAGGAAGAAAGGAGCCACGAAUUCGGCGGGGACUGUGUGUGCGCGUGAAAGGGUGCGAGGGCCAAGUAGUCAUACAAAUAGCCUAGAUGUAUAAUGCAAGUGGGCUGAACGUGCGCUAAGCUUUCGGCGUUUAUACUUAACACAAGUGUGUGUGUGUGUGUGUGUGUAUACAAACGCACGCAUGCGAUAUAUCUGAAACCGAGCCAAUAACACUUAAUCUCGUUUUUGUUGUACGUACUCGAGGCGCGCGUGCUAUAUAUAAAAGCGUGCCCCCCCUCUACCCUGCCUGCCUGCCUGCCUGCCUAACCCGCUGCAGUGUGCCGCUGGUGUAUAAGGCCUGUGUUAUUGUGUUAUUGUGUGCCACCUGAUAAUAAUAGAAACUUCACCGAGAGAGAGGCCCCCCUUAUGCUCGAUACUGCAACAGACGAGUGACCUUGAAAAGCUCGUUAAGUACUCGGUUGUGUGUGUGGUGGGUUGACACGAUCGUAAUGCCAUCGUGACGAUUAUAUCACCCACCCACCGAAAAUACACAUUGUGUUUCGACGCGCGAUCGGAUCUCGGCCGAUUGUUUGGCGUCGCUAAUCGACCUGGGAAAUAAAUACGAUGAGCGAGUGAAUCGACGACACGUCGGCAUCGGGACCUGCAUGUGAUAAUAAUAAUAAUAAUACGAAAGCUUGCAGUGUGCUUGCAGUGCUUGCAAGUGCGCGCGAGUGUAGUGGGCGAACGAGUGUGUUGAUAUACAUUGAAUUAGGCAGUAGUAGGCUGCAGGAAAGAGAGUAGAUAUUCGAGAGAGUGCGACGAGAGAAGAGGACGGGAAGAGUCGAGUAGUGUGCCGGAGCAAAAGAGAGAGAGAGAGAACAUCCCUACUUCAGUGCAGUCUGCACCGAGUGUCUCUCUCUCUCUGGCUCGCGCAGCAGUCGACUACUAGUUGGUGCAGUUGCACUCCUGCUGCUGGUACUGCUGCCGCCGCCGCCGCCGCCUCCGCUGCUACUACUGCAGUAUAACUACCCCCAACCCAACGACGACGACUACGACUACUGCUACUGCUACAGUGUGCUAUCUACGGCCCCUUAUAAACUAGCAGCUUCCCGUUCUAAAUUUACAAGCCAUGCAUCGGCGCUGCUGCCAGCAAUCGAUGCUUAUCGUUGGCUCGCAACGUGCGUGCGUCAAGUCCUCCUCCUCCUCCUCCAACACCACCUCUUUCACGACAACGUCGUCGUCGUCGUCGUCGUCUUUGAUCCGUCCAUUGAGCAGCUCGAAGUUACGCUAAGAAAAUACGCUAAGAAAAAACAAAACUAGAAGAAAUUUUAAUUCAACUAUGAAGACUGAAAAGACAACGGCAACAAUAACAUCUCGGAAGGAGCAACUGAUUUUAGUGAUCGCUGUCGCGGGUGGCUGCCUAUAGUUACAGUGACACGGUCGAGCCGCGCGACACAUACAAUAAUACACACUCGCGCGCGCGUGGUGCAUAUAAUACAUGUGCGCUGGUGGUGUUGGUGUUGCUGCUGCUGCUGCAAGGGUCGCCCCCUGCCUGACUCUGCCUGCGUGCGACUGCACCGGUAGAGCAGCGCAGCACACUAGGGCUAGAGCGAGUAGUCAGCCGCAGUGCGGUCCGCCGCGCCGUACCUACCAGUAGUAGCUGUUAGCCCCACUUCUUUCUUCGCCCUCUCUCUCUCUCUCUCUACCUCUAUCUCUCUCUCUCACUUUCAUACACACACAUGUCCGUACGUACGUAAAAAGCCUUUACUACUUUUUCACACGCUUACGUAUCCUCUUCCUGUUCUCCGCAGUCACAGAGAGUGAAACGACGUGUGGUGGAAGAGGAGCGAGCAACGCGGGCCAGUGGCAACAGCAACAACCACGACAACAAUAACAACGAAAGCAACGACAACAACAACAACGGAAAUAGUGACAGUGUGCAUUUAUAAUAAGUGCAGUGUAUAGUCGUCGUAGUCGUCGUUAUGAAGCCAGCAGAAUUGCAGAUAAUGCCAUUUGGACUGGCGAAUGCCCCGGUGACUUCGACGAGCAGCAGCGGCAGCGGCAGCCACGUCCCCCUCGUGCAGCACUGCAGCAGUAGUAGCAGCCUCGUGCAUCAUCAGCCAGCAGCAGCAGCAGCAGCGACGAAAGAUCGAGGCCGUAAUCCGAUCGCCCUCGUUGUCGCGACAGGAAUCAGCUGCCAGUAGUAGUGGUAGCUGCCGCGCUGGUUUUUUUCUUUCUGCGACAUUAUUGUGCCAGGAUGUCAGUCAUCUGCGUUACUACUAUUGGCGCCCAUCGUCACACGUGCUGCUGGUGGCCGCAGCACUGCUGCUACUCGUGCCGCUCGCUCGAGCUCGAGCUCGUAUUAUCUAGAUGAUACACCGAGAAAACUACCCCGAGCGCAACGAGAGACACGGAUAAUAAUACGUGUGUGCGAACUGCUCGACGUACGUAUACACGGACGUGUAUAUAAUAUAUAUACCCGCCAUGCAUCGGAACGUGCAGCGGAGCAUUGUUUAAAAAAAAAAUACAAAACAAAACAAAGCGUUACAGCAACAACAACAACAAAAAAGCAGAAAAAAGGAAAGAGAGAGAAGAGGAAAGAAAGGAGACAAACAGGAAAAAGCUGGCGACGAGAGGAUAAUGACGCGACGACCGUUGUUUAUUUAUAAUUUUCUACCUUAUUUUUCGCUGCGCUCUACGUAAAAGCUAAGAUUUUUAUCGCUGAAAACGCGUGUCUGGGGGAUUGGAUAUCGUCUGACACUACUUUAACGUAUAGCUGCACUCUCUCUCUUUCUCUACUACCUUUUCUGCUCGACUGCUGCUGAUGCAGCGAUUCAUUAUGUACCUGUUUAAAUGAGAAUGAGGAAACAAAAGCAGUUUUCUGCUGUCCAACGUUAUAUAUAACGAAAAUAUUAUAUUACAUAUAUAUAGCUAUACAAAAAAAAAGAAAAGCGAGCAUAAAUUAUUCAGUGAUAUGCAACGUAUCUAUGCAUUAAGGAAUAUUACGCGCUCGCUCAGGCGAGCAGCGACUCUCGGCGAUAUAUAACCACUAUAGCUCUCAUCGAUUUUUUUCGCUCGUUUUUUUUUGUGAAGAAGAACAAGAAGAAAAAAGGAGAGAAAAGAAAUUAAGAAAAUCCGAAGCGCGCGACCGACAAAAAUCCUAACCCGAAAAAAAAAGGAAAAGAAAAACGCUUCGUCAAGUGCUUCCCUUUUGCAGCAGCGAAUCGAUCUGUCGCUCGCGCACGUUUUUUCGUUCAUACCAUCAGGUAGAAAAGUAUUAUUGUGAGUCAACGCAGUUGCCUCAUCGCCAUUUGUGAUAAAUUUAAAAAAAAACGUGUGCAACUAUUGACGCAUAUCCUCUCACCACACGAGCGAAUAGUAAUAAAAUUUACGAAAAUUUAAGUAUUAAUCCCGUAUACACGCCGACGAAGCAGAAAAGAGGAACGGAAGGAAAAAAGCUCAGUGCCGUGUGCCCGCGUGUGUAUAUACGUAUAUACUACAAUCCAAUGCAGUUAUAAUAUCGAUUCGAGCCUGCGAUGUGCUGUUUCGGCUAAUUCGUAUACCGCCAGUAUUUACCCAAAAGUGUGCUUAAAAACUAUUUCACCUGUGCGCCGUGUACGUGGUAGUAUCGUUUAAAUCUUUCUCUCUCCACUUUGGUCAAGAAAGAGAGUGUGUUCAUUGUGCUGUGACACGACGAUGAUUGUGAUUUACUUCUCCUGCGAUCUCAAAGUUUUCAACGAGUACAUCAAUUUUACAGUCUCGCUCAUGUUUUACGCGUGAAAGAAAAAAAAAUAAAAGAAGAAAUCGUCGCUCGGUGAAUUUGUUCCUGUUCUGUCGCGUGAUUUCGAGGUGCUUUUCUCGACGAUCGAAGAAGAAUAAGAAGAAUAAGGAAAGAAACACACAAGUACCGAGAGAGAGAGCGUAUAAUUUGUUUCCACUCGCACACACGAGGCAGAAGGCGGCAGCGGCGGCACGUUUCGUCGCUGUGCAGCAGCAGCAGAGAGGCGGAAAAGGGGAUUUUCUUCGACGCGUUUAAGCGCGUGGCACGACACACGCAUCGACAACGAGAGAGAGAGAGAGAGAGAAAGACAGUGAGGCCUGGUACUACUACUGUUACUACUACUACCACGUAAAUUAUGCAUACACAUUGACAGGCUGUCGCUGUUUUACUGCUGCAAGCACUCUACCAACUACGACGUCGACGUGAAUCUCUCACUUGUAUAUGGGCGAGGCGAAUGUGUGUACGGCGUCGUGUUUCUCUCAACUCGUCGUAGACACAAAACAAGAGGCAGUAACAGCAGCAAAAAGAAGAGGAGCUUCUCGAUCGAAUCAGCGUGGCGCGUUGAGGUCGCGAAAAACAAAAAGCAAUUAAGAAAAGACGCGCAGCGACUAAAAUUCGAACACACGCGUCGACACAAACAUAGAAAGGCAGAAAAUGAAAUACUUAUCGUUGUCGAAGUCAGCUUCGAGGCUGCAAGCCGCCGUCGUCGUCGUGCAAACGUUCGAGAGAAUAAAAAUCCUGUCAGCAUCCGGCCGAGUUGGCGAGUGAUCCCGUGGAAUUUCGGAAUAAAGUACGAGUGCUUUCGGUUCGUGCAUACCAGGGCCGCCAACGCUUCUCCUACCAUUAGCAUUUGUACCUAGAGCUAUUUCUACUUACUUCUCCUACUCUACGGCAAAUCAAAAACUACUGCUACUACUGCUCCUGGAGGGAGCCUCGUUGUAAUAUACAUAUAUAAUUCGCGCCGCGCGUGAAAAAGGCGAAUCGCGCGCGAAAGGGAGGGUUGGCGCGAGGGGGGGGGGGGAUUGGACAUCGGCCCCCACCGCCUUCAAAAGCGUCUCUCUGGAUUUGUACACACGUAUUGUGCGGGCACAGAAUCCUCUCGUUCGAUUUCUCCUCUCUUAUUUUUUUUUUUCUAAUACUUUUUCAUAUAAUAAUCUUAAAGUGGGAGUGAUGCUAUGUCGCAAAUAAUGCUGUGCAAUCUGGGAGCACCGAGCACGAGCACGCGGGGCACGGUGUCGAGCGGCAGCAGCGGCGUCGUGCCGCCGAUGACGCAGCACCGGCCGACCUCGCUGUCGUCCUCGUCGGCGCGCGAGUCGUCGCGCGAGUCCGCACCGUCGCGCGAGUCGUCGCGCGAGGCCCCCACGAGCUCGUCGCAUCGCGGUGACCGAGACAGAGACAGAGACCGCGACAGGGAUCGCGAUCGCGACAGGGACCGGGAUCGGGAUCGCGACCGCGAUAGGGACAGAUACGAGCGUUUCGACGACGGGCAUCGCGGCGGACAUCACGGGGAUGCGGCGGAUCUGAGGCUGAGGCGGCAGCCGCCGCUGCUGCGCGAGCCGAGCUUGCAGCCGCCGCCACCCGCGACGGCACAGAGCAGCAUGGAGAGCGACGACUCGUAUCCCAUGCCGACGAUUUAUCGAUGUCGCGCACCGAUCGCCAGCCUCGACUGCAUGGAGGAGUUCGGCGGCACCGACUCGAGCGGCGGCCCGUACGGAAGCACCUACGGCAUAAAGGAGCACCUGCUGGCCACCUGCUUGUCGGCCCACUCGGCGAGGCUGCAGUCGAAUCCGUCGCCAGGUAUACGCUACCGCAAUCUCGGCAAGAGCGGCCUGCGCGUGUCCAACGUCGGACUAGGCAUGUGGUCGUCGUUCGGCGGCGACCAAGCCACCAACAACGACGAGAUCGCCGAGGCCGUGGUGGCCCUCGCCUACGAAAGCGGCAUCAAUCUGUUCGACCUGAGCGAGAUACACAGCGGCAACAAGACCGAGACGCAGCUCGGUCGCAUACUCAAGAAGAGAAACUGGAGCCGCACGAGCUACAUCGUCACGACGAAAAUCUACUGGAAUCCAAAAUCCGAGGCUAGAGGGCUCUCGAGGAAAUUCAUCGUCGAGGCGGUGCAGGCCUCGCUCGAGAGGCUCCAACUGUCCUACAUUGACAUUGUCAUGAUACACAGGCUCGAUCCUUCUUGUCCGAUGGAGGAAAUCGUUCGAGCGAUGAACUACGUGAUAAGCCAGGGCUGGGCCAUGUACUGGGGCACGUCGAAAUGGUCGCCCAGCGAGAUCAACGAGGCCUACUCGAACUGCCGGCAAUUCAAUUGCGUCACGCCGAUCGUCGAGCAGGCCGAGUAUCAUCUCUUCUACAGGGACAAGCCGGAGCUUUACAUGCCGGAGCUGUACAAUAAAAUAGGUGUUGGUUUGAUGUGCUGGUCGACCAUGUCGAUUGGUUUGAUAGCGAAUCGAGUCGACGAUGGCAUCUCCGUUCUGUCCAGAUCGCGAUCAUCGCAUAGAAAUAAGUCCUUCAGUUGGACGGGGGAUGAGUCUCAAUCUUGUUUUAAAGAGGAGCAACUGAGAAAGGACUCGGUGGGCUCCGAGAGCAGGAGGUACUCGGACAAGGUGCGCGACAUGUGCGUCCUGGCCGAGAGGCUCGGCUGCUCCUAUCCUCAAUUGGCCAUCGCGUGGUCCCUGAAAAAUGAAAGUUGCCAGUGCCUUCUGCUCGGCGCAACGACAACUGAACAACUCUACGAGAGUCUUCAGAGCUUGCAGCUGAUACCUCGACUGACCGACAACGUGAUGACCGACAUCGAGAGGAUACUACGCAACAGACCGUCCCGACCGCCCAUAAUAUCGACCCUCGAGCUCAGAUGACAAUCGCUCGACCCCCACGGCAGUCGUGGGGGUUCGUUCGCCGGCAGCCCCAAGAGCGAGCUGCCGCCGGGCCAGCAGUCGCAGCAGCACACCUCGGCGCACGCCUCGCAGGCCGGCGACGCUCAGCAGGACCAGUCCAAGGACAGCCAAAAGGUGUCCUUCUGCGAGGUCCAAUGAUAAACGCUGCCCGCCGAGAAAUCAAGGGAGAGCUUGCUCUGAUGCUUUUUUGCUUCGUCACACACAUACUGUACAUGCAAAAACGAGCUCAGGCUACGCAAGGCUAUAUUAUAUUGUUAUAUCGAAAGAACGCGGAAUCUUGCUCUGCACUUUGCUAAAGGAACAACAAAAAAUUUUUCGUCGCAGACUCGUAUAUUUCGCCCGAUUAUACGUAUCAUAUUGCACCGUAUAUGCACGCGCGCGCGCCUCAUUAUGUGUACGCACGAUGAAAAAAAGAAGUAUACGUUCUUUUGCGUCCCGAGCGCGUUUCGUUGCGGAAAAUCCUGCCAUUUUACACCGCAUUGUUGUACCGAUUUGUAUCACAUACGCGCGACACGCAGUUACAGCUCGACGAAAAAACGAAGUCAAAAGAUUGACAAAAUCCUCUCGCAAAGCACGACCGAUAUAUAAUAUACGCUUUUCUGCUCUCCGUUCUCGCGGUUUAUCUCUUUGAAUUUGAAAAUUCAAUUAAUUAUUACGCCCGGGGUUUGCGCUUAUACGCACACGUACCUUUGUGAGUGCGUAACCCAGACGCAAAAUACCUCGCACGCGCAUAUUACACAGCUGCACAUAAUAAUACCCACACACACACACACACACACACACACAUGCGCUCGAAGCGGCUUUUGUUGUAACGCAUGAAGGGAAGAAAAAAAUGUUAAUGAAAUUCAUUCGCUGCAACGUCGCGACUUGUGUUGUUUAAGUAUAAUGAUAUGCUGCAAUUCCGAUUGAUUUGCCUGAAUUCUGGACACGAGCAAAUCCAUCCAAACUAAUAUAUACGUACACGAUCGAUACGAUAUCACUCGAUAAACGAUACACCAUAAUAAAUUGUUUCAUUGCCUACGUGAACGAUGAAACGGUAUUAUAUACGUAUGCAGCCGAAGUCUGCUGCGAUUUGUUACAUUAUUAUGAAUAAUUAAAUGAUUAUUGUAGUAUAUGGACGGAAAAGUAAAUUAAAAAAAAUUAAAUUAAAUUAAUAAAUUGUAAAUAUAUAGAUCGAUCCAUAACGUCGCUAUUCGUAGUGGUCAAGAAACUUUUUUCAAAUUUUUAGAGAAAAAUAGUUUUAAUAAUCGAGCAGAUAGGAACUUUUUCACUUCUUACGACAUAAUUAUACAAUAAUUAUAAAAUUAAUAAUAUACAUUUAAGCAAGAUUAUUCGAAUUACAUAUUGUACAAAGCCGCGUAAAAGAUAGUUAUAAAUUCCUCGGGUGUAAGUAAUUUUCUCAUUUUGCUAAUUAUAUUUUAAUGUAAAUAAGAUAAUAAUACGAAAGAUGAAAAGAAAUAAACGAGUCGAAAAAUUCAUGCUUGUUGGUUCAUAAUUGUAAAGAAAUUAUUGUACAGGAACCUAGGAAAAUAAAUUAGAAAAUGAAUAAGAAAAGAGAUAGAAUAAUUUCACGCUUCGAUCGCGAUGAUAUCGCCUUAUUGUUUUAAUAAUCUAGUAAAAUCGAAUUUCAAUUGUUUCAUUUGGCUGUUGAAAAUAUAAGAAUCACUCGUCAGAUUAUCAGAAUUUCUGAAUAAAAGUAUAUACGUUGACAAAACUAGUUGAUCUACAUUGUUAUGAAAAAAAAAUAUAUUGACUAUUUAAAAUAUUAUGUAAACUUUAGAUUCUAUUAUUGUUUUCUAUAUUAUAGAGAUUACUACAUUAUAGAUAAUACUUUUCAGUGCUAAGGCAAGAUUAAAGCUGAAACCUACAUACUUAUUAACUUCAAAACAGAUUGUACUAGCCGAGUAAUUUGAAAAAUAAUUUUUUCAUUUCGAACAUUUGAUUCGAUGCUAAUAUAAUCGAAAAAGAAAUCUCAACUACAUGCCACGCUGUAGUGAAAAUCAGCUCGGCUAAUUUUCAUAGUAUUUUUCUCCUCUAAAAUCUUCCUAAUCUACUCACAGCUCAUAUCAAAACGCUAGUAUAUAGGUUCAAUAAAAAUUUAAAGACCGUAGCUUUUCAAUCUCUUCAAAAAAAGUGACGAAACAAUGUAAACUAAAUACUUACCUUUUCUAGUUGACUGAUAACACUCAAAAACAUACGAAUCAACCAAAAGGUUUGAAGCAUUUUAAUACCACAAGCAAAAUGAUAUGGGUUUUUUCAACAAUGAGUCACUCAUCAAAUUACGAAAAAGUUUAUGGCUUUAAGAGUAAAUCUAAACAACGUAUAACUUAGUUCUUCCCAAAAAAAUUAUAUAUUAGGAAAUAGUUAAUAGAAUAAACAUAAUUGUUCAUUACAGAAUAAUUAAGAAAGGAAACAAAAUUGUUAAUGCGAGAGAUGCAUGAUUUUCUCCGUUAUUGUCAACUUUUAUACAAAGUAAAUUAAGUAAAAAUAAAAAUUAUAGUAGUGACUCGUGAUAAAUACUGUACAUACAAAAGCUUGGAGUAUCAGGUAAUAAUGUUAACAAUAAUAACGCAGUAAUAAUAUAAAUAUAUAUAAUAAAUAUAUAUAUUUACAAUGAAUGCGCUCAAAAAAAAAACGUCCGCCUUCUAUGAUAAGCAUAAUGAACCAUUCGAUCACUACGAUAUUGUUUAUUUUAAUAAAAAGAAAAUUAAACAAAAGAAUCUUCAUAAGUAGGUCGUAUGUAUGAUAAUUAUAACAAAAAAAUUUAUAUAUAAUAAUCGUAAAAAAUGCUCUCUUUGCACAGACGAAUGAUUGCGCAUUCGACACCUUUGAAAUUUGCCAAAAGUUUCAGUGUUUUACACACGUACACCGUAUUAAGUCGCAGGCCCACUUUUUAUUACGAUAAAGUAUAUAGUCGAGUUGAUCGCUAUUGAAAGAUAUAUCAUAAUAAAACAUAAAUAUUGUCACUUUUUAUAUGAAUAUAUUAUAUAGUGUUCCAUCUGCACAAUAUAAGACAAUAUUUUUUAGUUCGUUAAGAAGAGUUGUCGAUUUUGUUUUCUCAUUGCUGCUAAAUUUUAGAGGCCGUCACUUUCUCAUUUUUUUAGUUGUACGGAAUCACACGCGUCUCAAGCGAUAAUAAUUAUCAAAUGAACUUCAAGAUAUAUAAUACUGGUAAGCGUGACAUUGAAAAUAAAAAAUUUAGCAACAAAAAAGUAACAUGAAUUUACGCAGGAUCGUCAAAGAUACAUCGUAGAUUUAUUAUGAUCGCAGAUAAGCUUUCUGCCUUAUUAGAUUUUUAUAAACAUACAAGUAGGUUAAACAAUGUAAUGUAGAUACAAAAAAAAUAAUAAAGGAAACGGAAAUUCGACAUCGAAAAUCACUAAUCUAGGCUAUAAAAGUAUUCCUAUUAACUACGACGAAAGGGCAAAAAAAGUGAUACAGAGCUUUUUCAACGAAUACAUAUUUAAUGCCAGUUUUUUUUACAGAAAAAAAUAAUAAAGCACUUAUCGCGAUCGACAAAAUAAAAAAUUCUUGGAGAUACGUCGAACUGUAGGAUGCAGCUUUUUUCUAAAAAUAUUAAUAACUAAUAUUACUGAUAAUUAAUAAACAGAUAGGGGUGCAAUUCGUCCACUUCAAUAAAUAAAAAAUUUUCUCAAAAUAAAAUACCAUAGGUUGAAUACAAUAAAAAAACAAAUAUUAAAACCAUACGACAAACGCUAAAAGCUUUUGUUUAUAUUAGAGUUUGUAAAUAAAAUAAACAAUAUAAAUAUCUAAGAAAAACUUUAUAGAAGGUAAAAAAGCUUGUCAUAUACAUCAUUAAUAAAUAAACUAUAAAAUACAUAUUAUAACGUUUAAGAGGAAAAUUGCAUAAAUAAAGUGAAAGAUAAAUUAUAACGAUGAUAUCGACGAUAUAAAAAAAGUAAUAAUAAAUACAAUUUCAAUAUUAUAUUUAUUGAUAAAAGCAAGAAAUUCAUAGAAACUCAAACUCUUUUGGAAAUUAAAAUUAUUUGCUGCAUUAGACAUUUUGAUUUUCUUUCAUCUCCAGUUCAUUUUGUUUUGUUGACGCGAAAAAUGUGCUUACUUUGACGAGCUCGUCUAGUCACCCAUCAGAUGGCUUUAAACAUUUAAUCUCAAGCAUUUCUGGCAUUGACAAAGCUCUUUAUAAAAAAAAUGCCAUCAUCAAUUGCCUAACACCAAUAUGUUCAGAAAAUUUGGAAAUGUCAAGGUACAUAAUUAUUACUCCAGAAGACAUUAAUAAGAAACAUCUCAGAGCCUUAGGUAAAUAUAGAGUUUAAAUGAUUCCAAAGCGAAUAUCUUUAAUAUUUUAUUCUUUUGUAAUAUUCAUUAAUUGGAUCAAAAAAUUAUUGGCAGAUAUUAAUGAUAUAAUA